GAGAGGAAUGCAAAGUUUUAACCCUUGCUGGGUUAGCCUAGCAAGGUCAAUUAGCUGCAAGUACCGUUAGAAUGGAGCUAGGCCUCGAACUAGGACUAUUCCCAUUAGUAAAACUUUAGUACUGCACUAUUUUCCUUUGCGGGAUCAAAGUCUAAAGAUCCUUGGUUUGUAUCUCCGCCAACUGAAUUGACUUUUUUCCUUCCCUAACGCACUCCAUCUCACCCAUCGUCGUUCAUUACCAAAAUUUACAAUCGUAGUCACAGUAUACAUCUAUACAUCUUUUUUCUCUUCUAUACACUCACUUCAAAAAGUCUCCCGUGCCGAUCAACUUCGAGAUUCAUUUUUAAUAAACCUGAGACUUAGAAAAAUCGGUAUUCCUAAUACCUAAUUCCAUCCUUCCAUCCAUACCUAUCACUAUCCUCGAUCCUCCCCGAGUAACCAUUAACCCCCCUUCGCUUACACCAGCAAGCGCCCGGCCAACAGUUCGACCCAAUCAUCCUCACCCCCCGCAAUAUUUCUCUGAUAACUACUCGACGAACGUCACUUAGAACUUAGGGGCAGAGACUAAGAAGAAUCUUUGGCCUCUGGUCUCAGCAAGGGAACAUGUCGUCGCCGUUAAAGAAGCAGCCAGAGGCUGUCGCAGAUAAGGUACUCAAACGAGUGGAAGUUAGCAAGAUCGCCCGAAGGUUACAAGGUCGACUGGCUCUGGCACAAUUCAAGACUAAACAUGGAUGGGAGGAUCUGUCACUCGAUAAUAUCGAGCCUAAGAUCGAAGAGGAGAUCCGACGAAAACGUCUCAUCGACGGCGAUGUCCUAUCCGACUCUUCGUCCAGCACGUCAGAGUUACCGUAUCCUAGUAGUAGAACACUCAUGAGCUCCCCGCUCAAAGCCCCCCUCUUUUCGGAUGCCAUUGGGUCUAGCAAUGGCAGUACCGGUCAUCGCAAGCGUACAUAUCACAUGGCUUCAUUUGAUAUGGAUAUGGCCAUGUCUAGUCCGACUAAGCGAUUCCGUACCUCCCCCACCGCUCACAAGUCCUUCAACUCUUCACAUGGACAUGGAUCUUGGAGGACACACCGCCAACUAGCCCAAUCGUCCCCUAUCAAGCCACGAAGACAACAACACUUCACAACAUCUACUGGUCCAGAUAUCUCCUUUUUUCAAAGUGCACGCCGCCCCUCCGUGGAUCUUACACCGAAUUUUGCGGCAAUUUCGGAUGAUGAUGACGACCUUUUACCAGCGCACUCUUUUGCGGUCAACCACAACCAAUCACCUCCACGAACACCUCCUAUGCGCAGCAGAGGGCUCAAUCGUCGGGGUAAGGAUAGGAACACAGCAAAUGGACAAAAACCCGAAGAGGGCGCAGAUUUGUUGCUCUAUCUAGCGGCAUCUCCCUCGCCCGCAACACGUUCGACCAAGACCCGCAUGGAACCCCCGUCCACACCCCCUCCCAAGAAGGACCUAACACUUCCCUCGUCUAUGAUGACAACACCAGGAGGUGGCAGCCUUUUCCCGACGACCCCCGGCCAGCCGUUCGACAUUUCAGACUUCGUCAAUAUCACACCCAGCCCAGCACAGAAGCCAUGGAAGACUCCGCUGUCGCUUAGGACGCCUACAGCAAAGACACCCUUGAGCGGUGCGAGACGACGGUUAACGUUUGACGAACCUGUACUUGGUCUACCUUAAGCCGGAUAGGUAUUCAAUGCUCUUCUAUUCUACUAGUAUUUAAUGUCGGGAUAAUUACGGACUGUCUUCUCUUCCCUUCGAUAUCUACUUCAACAAACCCCUUUUACCUAGUGUGCACAUACCACACAUACACAACACACACACAAACGGAUGACAAUACCCGGCUUUGGCCAUGAUCACUUAGUAUGGAUGUUUC